CAACGGAAGACUCAAAUGCUGUUGAUCAAUUAAUGGCGGUCUUUAUGCUCGUGUGACUCGCAGGAUCAGACAGAAAGUCUAUUAAUUGUGAUUCAAAAUCUUUAUUAUACCACAUUCAAAUUGGGUCAGGCAUUUUGUUGAUAUUUUUAUCGCAAGAAAAGACAAAAGGCAGGGUGUGCAGCACUGUAUUGGUUUCCUGAUCGCGAGGAUUGAAGACAACAAAAAUUUCGAAAAGGAACUGCAUUUGGCUUCAAAACUGGAGCUUAGCCAUUCAGAUAAUGAAGUUAUUGCAUUUAGUUGGUUAUCGAGUCUUUAGAAAACGACAGUAAAAACUGAUCUUGCUUUUACUGUUGCCUUUCUGAGGUUGAUGAAAUUUUGUCCCGCGUCUGCUAUCAUCCCUUGUUGACAUAAAAAGAUAUUGCGAAGUUAUAUUUGAUAAUGGCAAACAGAAACUGUGUUUUCGUAAAGAUUAAGGCUUUUCUCGUAAUAACCUGUUUCAUUGCAACAGUACAAUGCACUUGGCUGGGUGCAUCCUAUUGGACUAGUCGAUAUUCUAUUGAUGGGAUUUCCUACAUUGACCCAAACACUGGCAUAUAUUUUAAUGAUUACUUUAAUGGUCGAAGAGCCUAUGAACCAUCCACCCAAUCUGGAACGUCGUGUGGUCCCUGUCAGUGUACAAGCACUCUUGUGGAUUGUUCAGCAGCCUCAGGCAAUGUCCAUAUAUAUAACUUGCCGAUAAAAGAAAUAAAAGAGAAUGGUUUAUCAAAGACCCUGGUUUCCUUGAAAAUACGUGGAACAAAUUUGGAAACAAUUCAUCAGAAUGCAUUUGCAAAUCUUACAAGCUUGACAAGUCUGGUGUUGAUCAAGAAUAAACUUAAGGAAAUCCCAAACUUGAGUUCGUGCACAAGUCUUGAGGAACUGUAUCUUUACGAUAAUGAGAUCGAAAUCUUUUCUCAUAACUUCACAAAGCUCCCAAAGUCAUUAAAAAGGAUAAAUCUUAUCAAGAACAAGAUUUACAAGGUCCCAGAAAAGUUUUUUGAUCUUCCAAAUUUAGAGCAGUUAGCCCUCAGCCACAACCAAAUGACGUCAUUUCCUAAGCUUGCCUUUCACAAUAAUACGAAACUGCGAUAUGUAUCUGUCGAUGCGAAUCACAUCAAAGCAAUCUCUAAAAGCGAUUUGUCUCCAUUAUCUGUCAAUAGCUCGUACUUACUUCACUUGAAUCUAAGUAACAACGAAAUCAAUUACAUUGAGCCGACAGCAUUUUCUCAACUCAUCCAUUUGCGAAUCAUUGAGCUGCAUAAUAAUUCAUUCGAGCAGAUUCUACCUGGAGUCUUUCAAGAUAUUCCUCAGCUUGUUCAUAUUGAUAUGAAUAAUAAUAAAUUGAAAGAGCUGUCUGCCGAUUCGUUUAAAGAUUUGCUGAAACUCAAAGUACUGAUAUUGCACAGUCAAAAGACCUCCUUUGAACUAUCAAAAAUAUUUUACAAUUCAAUACGGAAUUUGCCUAAUUUGGAACAACUGUGGUUGGGAAGCAACAGGCUAACGCUUUUCCCCUUUCCGAUGCUUCAUGAGCAGACUUGGACCAAGCUCACAGAGCUACGCCUUGAUAGCAACUUGAUUCCAUCUCUUCACACAUACUCAAAUACGGAAUUUCCUGCCACUGCACAAGAGUACUACACAAUUCGCCAACCGACAUUUAAGCCAUUUGCAACUACCCCUGCAGUUCAACGCUUGUAUGUGCAAAAUAAUUACAUUACUGAAAUCACGGCUGACGAUCUCGUUUUGCUAACGAACCUGAAUCUUCUGGAGAUAAGUAGCAACAGACUCAAGGACAGCACCAUUCACAUCGAUGCAUUUCGAAAUAACACUGUAUUAACUGAAUUGUACCUUGGAAGCCAAGCCUUUUCGGGGCCAUUGAAUGGAAUUCAAUAUGUUCCUGACGCUGUAAAGAAUGGCACGGCACUUCCCUCCAUCCAGACUCUUGACAUGAGGUCAAACCAGAUAACAUACAUCUUAAAAGGAUCGUUUAGCAACCUGACAACGUUGAGAACUCUGUUUCUACGUUCAAAUAGAAUUAUUGCAAUCGAAGACGGCUCGUUUCCAGCUAGCAUCGAGUUUUUAGACCUUGCGUACAACAAAUUUAAAUUUAGUAACGAAAGACCAUUCCAGAACUUCAGCAACCUUAUUACCUUGUCACUACGCAACAACUUGAUUGAUGUGAUACCUGAUGUAGCCUUUCACGGUUUAGGUCUUCUCAAUUCCCUCUAUCUUCAGUACAAUCAAAUAGGGAGAAUACUCAAAGUUCAUUUCAAGGACUUGCAGCGUCUCCGAACAGUGGAUUUGGAUUUUAACAAACUGGCAUACAUCGAGCAAGGCACGUUCACUUCUGUCAAUCGUUCAAUAACAACCAUGGCCCGCAUAGAUCUAUCUUACAAUGAACUUUACGAAAUUCCAGUCGGAGACUUCGAUAAUCUCGUGGUUGGAUACAUGUAUUUGCAUCAAAACAGAAUCACGAAGCUCAAGUCAAAUACUUUUGUGAACGUCUCCAUAACUAACACCCUGAACCUUAGAGGCAACGUAAUAGAAAGAAUAGAGGCGAAUGCAUUUUACAAUUCAUAUUGCCGUUUCACAUUCAUUGGAGAUGGAAACACACUUCCUUUGAAAAAGAUUGAAUCUAGAGCAUUCAACAUUUUCUCUGGAGAGAACCUCAUAAUCGAUAAACUGCAAGUCGUGACCAUCCUACAAUAUACUUUCUAUGACGUCACCUUGAAAGAUCUUUUACUGCAGAACGGAAAUAUCACAACAAUUGAAGAGAAUGCCUUUAAAGGGACAAUAACAGAAGAUUUAGACCUGAGUGGCAAUAAACUGCAAAGUAUUGGUACCCAGAUAUUCAUGAGUCCGUCAUCUGUGAAAAAUUUGCAUUUGAAAUCGAAUCAGAUCCGAGCAUUGCACGAUACAGCUUUUAAUGGACUUGUUGUGUCAGACAUUCUUGAUCUCAGCUUAAACAAGCUUGUCAUAUUUCCAGCGAAACCUUUAAGUUCUUUGACGUCAGUGCAAAAAGUAUACUUGCAGAACAAUGAAAUCACUACACUGGCUGCUGGCUCAGUUUCUGCUUUAACGUCAUUAACCCAUCUGUAUCUACAAAGCAAUAAUAUUACUCUUUUGCCAAAGAGACUUUUUGAGAAUUCUACAACUUUGAAGUUUGUUCGUUUGGAGAAAAACAAGAUCUCGAAAAUAGAAGAUGCGGCAUUCAAUUUUAGCAGCACUGCUGCCCUGGAAGAAAUACGCCUUGACGACAAUAAGAUCACCAAUUUCCCCAGUCUCGGAGAACUUCUUUCACUCAAAACACUAAACCUCGGAAAUAAUCUCAUCGAGACCUUAGGACAAGAUGCUUUUAUUCACUUAUCUGCCAUUUCAAGCAUAACCCUGACCAACAACCCAAUCGCUUGUGAUUGCAAUUGGCACCGAAAUCUUUACCCGAUUCUGAGCAAAGUCACCGGAGCAGUUUGCUCAACCCCGACUCACCUUGCCAGUUUCCAAAUGAGGGCGAGCAACGCAGUCCCAAUGUUCACCAGACGAAAUGAGUUCAUUUGCGCACCGUUUUCCCUUAUUUCAACCGCUUUGGCAAAAAAGACGCUUUUUGUGCAGUGGACUAAACCGACACAUAAGUUUGCUGCUGUAAAUGGAAGCGACUCAUCCGAUGCUUUACUUCUGAACGCAACCGUUUACUUCAAAGUCACCUGUAUCAACACUGGAAAUCCAACUUUGACAAGAUCCUUGCUAUUGCUGUCCAACACUACAUUUACAAGCGCCGAUGACGUCAAACCUGGUCGUAUGUAUGAAUGUCACGCAACAAUGACUGUCCCUCUCAGCGGUACUAAUUACACGAGCGGAAAAAGUGAACCGUCUUUUAUCACAACACAAGAAGAACCAAAAGCAACUUUGUGCUCAGAUGGCCACCCGUUUGAAUGUGAGACACUGGCUGGGCCAGGGGGUAGCUGUAAAUCACCGUGUGACGUAGCAGCUUCACAAGCAAUGCAGCCUGGGACAUGCAAUCACGCAGGGUGCUGUUUUUAUUGCUACCGAGUCUGCACUAAUUGCACAUUGGGGUUAAACGGAACCAUCAAACUCCCAAUGAAAUUUUACGAUUUUGAAGCGAGUGCACGUGACUUCGAUGGCGUCACGUACAAAAAUGACUACGUCAACGUUCGUUACAUCCCGUCGCCCUACGAAACGUGGCUUGCCAUUUCCGCCAUUCCAACUAGCGACCUUUUCUCCGACUGGUUCAGAUCUGCCUCUCCUAGAAAUAUAGUCGUAUCAUCCUCUUUGUUCCUAUCCAAUACUGGCGAGACUGAUCCGGUCAAUAGCAAACCAAUUUUCCGCUUCUACAGUGCAUCGUAUUCUUUGAAUGGGAAGGGCUAUGGCUCCCAGGGCCAGACCGAUUGUUUUUCAAAGGAGCUUCAAAAUCAAGGGUUUACCAGCGCAAUCAGAUCUGCAUUUACGUACAAUGGACAAGAAAAUCUGGCUUUUGCGGGUGGUGAAGAGCUUUAUGUUGUUAUAAAUCGUGUUAUCGUCGUGAAACUGUUCCACAAUCCAAGUAACUCGACGGUACCCUGCAGAAUGAUCAAUCUCAGUCCAGCCAAGGCUACAGGCGGUGGUGUCAUCGUGCCAAAAGAAGGCUCUAUUAUUGGUGGCAAAUGUAUAACUACCGGUGAUGUGACGUCAGAACAAGUGACACUUGAACUUAAGGUUGGCCUGACAUACAAAAUCGAGGUUUUCCAUGCCGAGAGAUUUCCGUGUCACUCAGAGCUGUUUUAUCAAGUGAGCAACAUGACGUUUGUAUCUGUGGAGGAGCAGCAAGCUUCCAAACCUUCCGUUGAUUACGUAGUAACCCUGAGUGAGAGCAUUCAUCUCAAUGCCUCUGUGCAGGACAUGGUUGUUGCGGACGCCUUUUCUACUGGUCCUUAUUUGGUGACAAUUAAUUCUGGGAACUCAGAAGGACGGUUUGAAGUGAAAGCAAAUGAUUCCGAGGCUCAUGCUGCCGCAGCCACUAUCCCAGCAACCCCUGCGCCCUCAACAACCACAUUGAACGGCGAGACAAUCCUCUUAUGUCCUAACGCCACUUCGAAUAUCACUGCGAUUCCAACAUUGGUGACGGGACCGGAGAAUUUCGGGCCUUUUUCAACGAGUGCAGUCUUGAUGACAUUGAGGCAUGCGUUGGAUUAUGAAGUAACCAAGGAAUAUUUUAUCAGGCUUACUGUUAUUGACACAGGCGGGGCUGUUUCUGGCAAUGUGACUAUUAAGAUUUUUAUAGCUGAUUACAACGACAACUGCCCAAUUCUGCCGGAUUUGUCGUACACGAGGUACCCGAUUCCACCUUUGCAAGUCGCCUCAAUUUUCACUGUUUCUGCGACGGACAACGACAGCGGCGACAAUGGCAAAAUCACCUACACAAGCAGUGCUCUUGUCAGUGCCGUCCCAACUAUAGUUACAACGGCUGUGAAUAUAACAACGGCAGAUAACGUGACGGUAACACAGGUUACCAACGUCACAACAAAAUGGACGUGGAAGGUGAACAUAUUCGCUGUUGAUGCUGGCAAUCCGAAGCGCGGCGACUAUAUUCCGUUCACGGUGACAUUCAGUGCAACGUGCGCAGACAAAGCGAAAGUAAGCGUUGAUACGGCAGGCAAUGUUUAUUUCACUGCUCCAGGCUACACCAUUUCAACCUACGAUAACAAAGACUGUUUUGGGUGCAGGGCUGGUUACUAUUGCCCUGGAGAUAGCAGGGAGAUUAAAUGUGGAAACGACCCCGUCACAAAGCACAUGUACGCGUAUGGAUCAGCUGAUAACUGUACUGCUUGUCCUGAGGGCUGGCUGUGCCAUAAUGGACUCAUUCUUAAGUGUGCUGCGAAUACGUACGUCACGUGUAAUGCAACCUGGUGUCCGAUGAGCUGCUUCCCGUGUCCGGCUGGUACAUACUGCUAUGAAGGCAAAAAGUACGACUGUACUCCAGGAACAUUCAGCGAUGGCAUAGGUCGUUGUAAGCUGUGUCCUCCUGGAAGCUACAGUAACACUUCAAGAGCUGCAAAAUGUGAAUGCUGUCCACCAGGGUACGAAUCAACUAGCAUGAAAACAGGCUGUCACCCUUGUAAGAACAAUGAGUGGUCCAGUGGAGAUUGCACUAAAUGUAAAACGUGUCUCAAUGGAGCAUGUGCUUGCGACAAUAACCCUUGCUUCAAAGGCGUCCAGUGCACAAACACUGGCUUUGGAAGUUACAAGUGUGAGUCAUGUCCAAAAGGAUACAGAGGCGAUGGUGUCACUUGUACAGACAUAAACGAGUGUGUGGAGGCGUCCCCCUGCUUUGGAGCAUGCGUCAACCUAUCCCCUGGCUACAGGUGCGAGGGUUGCCCCGCAGGGUAUUCAGGUACUGCCCCCAGUGGAGUUGGCUUAGGAGAGGCAGCAAAUAAUACCCAAAACUGUACGGAUAUAGACGAGUGUGCCAUGGGACUUCAUGCUUGCGAUGUCAAUGCGAAAUGCGUCAACACAAUGGGCAGCUUUUACUGCGGUGAUUGCAACCCCGGGUUUGUUGGUAAUGGCUACGCGGGUUGUCAGCCUGGUGACUUCUGCGCAUCCAACAAGACAAAUGACUGCAAUUCAAAUGCUAAUUGCGAGGCAACAAUGGCCGGAGCUUUCGCUUGCUCGUGUAAGCCGGGUUUUGCUGGCGAUGGCAGAGUUUGUGGCGAUGACAUUGAUUUGGAUGGAAUUUCAAACAUUGGAAUUGAUUGCUCAGUGACAGAAUGCAAAGGGGACAACUGUCAGUUUGUGCCAAAUGCUGGCCAAGAAGACAACGAUGGCGAUACUGUUGGUGACGUUUGUGAUUCUGAUGAUGACGAUGACAAUAUUCCUGACAUCAAUGACAACUGCCCAUUCACUGGGACUAAUACAAGCCAAGCAGACAGUGAUUCAGAUGGAGUAGGUGACGUGUGCGAUAACUGUGUUUACGUCAGUAACCCUGACCAAAAAGAUACAGACAAAGAUGGUAUCGGCGAUGCUUGUGAUGCCGAUUUGGACGGCGAUGGAAUCGCAAAUGCUACAGACAAUUGCAAAUACGUCAACUCAACAAACACAGCUGACAGUGAUAGCGAUGGAGUUGGUGAUGUGUGUGACAACUGCCCUUCGGUGUCCAAUGCCGCCCAGACCGAUACGAACCAGAAUGGCUAUGGGGAUGCUUGUGAUCCAGCCUUGUAUGGAGACAGUGAUGGAGAUGCUGUUCUGAAUUCAUUCGACAAUUGCCCGGACCUUCCAAAUCCAGACCAGGUUGACACUGAUAAAGAUGGAAAAGGUGAUGCUUGUGACGACGAUAAGGACAACGAUGGAGUCCUCAAUGCAAAUGACAAUUGCAUCUACGUUGCUAACCCUCUGCAGAACCACACCAAGCUCAAUUAUGACGUCAACAAUAAUCCCAUCGGCGAUGAUUGUGCCGCAGAUUUUGAUGGUGAUGGAUAUGCGAACCUAAUUGACACGUGUCCAAGCACAUCAAAUAUUCACAAAACUUCAUUCGAAGACUACUUUCUUGUCGAUUUGAGUCCCACGUCAUCAACCGAACCUCAACCCAAUUGGAGAGUCACAAACAAGGGCAUGGAUGUCGAGCAGAAACAGAGAACCAAACGACCUGUAAUGCUAAUUGGUCAACAGAAAUACGGAGAGAUUGACUUCACUGGGACAGUGUUUGUCAACACAAAGGAAGGAGAGGAUUAUUUCGGGAUAGUUUUUGGCUAUCAGAGUAACACCAAGUUUUACCUCUUGACUUGGAGACAUAAGAACAACAACCUUAAUAACGACACUUACAAAGCUGGGAUUAAAGGAAUUCAAAUCAGAUUGGUGAAUUCGAUUCAGACUGGCAAUUCUGGCCCAGGAACUGCGCUUACCAAUGCCCUCUGGCAUUCUUCUGAUACCUCCGAACAGGUACAAAUGCUAUGGAGCGAUCCUUUGAUGCGAGGCUGGCAACACGAAACUGCCUACUCUUUUCAUCUCGAACUAAGACCCUCACUGGGACGACUGAGGCUGAAAGUUACUCAAGGGAGCUCCCUCUAUGCUGAUUCUGGUUACAUUUACGAUACACUAAUAAACGGCGGUCGCCUAGGCUUCUAUACCUACGGCCAACAUGACGUCAUUUGGUCAAAAGUGCAGGCCAGAUGCAGAGACAGGCACAACAAGGCACUUCUGUUUGACGGAGUGGACGACUACGUUUCUUUACCAACUAUCCUCACACUUGGCCUAAACGAAAGUUUCACUUUGAGUGCUUGGUUGAAAUUGUCCGCUGGAUACCCCGCUACAGAAAUGCCAAUCAUUUGUAGCCUCGAUUCAACACUUUGUUUGUACCUUGUUAAUGGAAAAGUUCAUGGAAAGCUAGGGCCGGUGAUUGUCAGUGGAACGACGACGCUUUCUGUAGACACAUGGCAUCAUGUUAAUCUACGCUACGAUGCACAACAACAUCAAGUUGAAAUCUUCCUUAAUGCAACUUCACAAGGAAAGAAGAUUCAAGUGUCACCAACUUCAUGGGGUCCAACUGCAGCUUUGUAUAUUGGAAGGAACCUUAACAACUAUUUCAAAGGAGAGAUUGACGAGGUUGCAAUUUGGCACGUUGUGUUGAAAGAUGCUGAGAUUUUGACGUACAUGAAGCUUGCUGGACUUGAAUGGCCUAAGCACCAAAAGAUCAUUAGUGCUCACUUUACAUUUGAUCAGUUUUCCGGGUCCAGUCUUCCAGACUCGAGUGGAAAUGGGAACGGCGGAACGUUGUUUGGAGGGCCUAAGUGGGUCGAGAGUUCAGUCGACAAAACACGUUUCCAAGCAGCUCACCCAGCCAAUCGAAGAAGGAGGGAAGUUUUCGAAAGAUAUUCACACGAAGAGCUUUGAGCUGUGCAAUUGUUGCAUUUACGUCAUGAAACUUUUAAGCUGCAACGACAGCGC